AUGAAGAAAAAGAGUUACAACUACAAAACCACAAUGGGUUGCUAUAUAAGUAAAAAGCCGAAGAGCACAUAUCCAGAGAUUGUUGUCUUUGAUCACAAAGCAAAUUAUUUCAAAGCAUUUUGUUCGAACCACGUCCACACGACAAAAUACACAUUUUAUAGUUUCCCUUUUAAAUUCAUGUUAGAACAACUGAUGCGGUUUUCUAACAUCUUUUUCAUCGUCAACACCGUCUUCACGUGCAUCCCACAAAUUUCCGCAGUCACACCUAUCACAUACUCUGUACCACUGUGUAUCAUCAUGUUCGCUGCACUCUUCAGAGAACUCCGAGAAGACAUUCGGAGGUAUGUUGAAGACAUCAAGGCUGAUCGUGCAAAGUAUUUGAUUUCAGAACGUGGGGUCGAGAAAGAAGUGAAAGCAUCAUACUUACUUCCUGGAGAUGUUGUUUUACUUAAACAAGGCCAGCGAUGUCCAGCCGAUUUGGUACCUUUACAUUCAGAUACAAUCGACCCAAUCUUAGUCCAAACGGCUGAGAUAGACGGUGAAAUAGCACCUAAAGAAAUAUUCAUCCCAAGAAAACUCCUUGAAGUCCAAAAAGAUGUUUUGUUACAAGAGCACAUCACGAUGACAUGUGAUGUGCCUAACCCAAAUUUUGGUCUUUUCAGAGCUGUGCUUCAAUAUAAAGAAGAGAAGGUAGGGUUUGACCAAACUGCUUUGAUGUGUCAAGGCUCUAUUUUACGUUCAGGAGAUAUCAUGUGUGCUGUUGUGUAUACUGGUGACUUCACGAAACUUGCUUUAAACCACGAGAAAAGGAGAAUGCGCUUAUCUGGUACAGACCGACAGAUGAACAGUUUUGUAGCUGUCGUCUUUUUGGUAGUUCUUGGGAUAUCUGUCUUUUGUAGUGUUAUGGCAACAGUCAUGUUUUAUCGUCACCAAGAGGAUUGGUACUUGGACUUAGGUGAGCGGUCUGCGAAUUUGUCAGUUAAGGAGUUCUUUUCGUACUUCACAUUAUCUUCGUAUUUGAUUCCCAUAGCGUGUGCGGUAUGUCUUGAAAUAGCAAAGACCAUGCAAAGUCUGUUUAUGAGGUGGGAUAGUGACUUCAAAGUUAAUACCCCCGAAGGUGAAAAAGGAAUAGUUGUGAGAUGCACUGCGAUGAAUGACGAGUUAGGGUUUGUUGAAUAUGUGUUAACAGAUAAGACUGGAACACUCACAGAGAAUGAAAUGAAGUAUGUUGGAUGCGUACUGGACGGUGAAAGGUUUGGUGAAUCCUUUGAAGGAAUGCGACCCGAAUUGGAAGACCGGAAAAAUGAAAUGUUACAUUGUAUGGCACUGUGUCACAACGCUACAGUGAACGAUGGGAAAUAUAAAAGUCCAUCACCUGAUGAAGAAGCACUUUUAGAUGCUGCCAAGAAGAAUGGAGUUGAGUUUAUACAACGAAUGCAAGGCGGGUUGAGACUUAAAGACCCUGAAGAGAAGUUUGUGACUCUUUUAGCGACAUUUCCAUUCAGUUCUGAACGUGCGAGAAGCAGUGUGUUAGUCAAAAUAGGGGAGAGAAUAGUGUUGUAUAGUAAGGGAGCUGAUCAUAUCAUGAAUGGGUUAUGUAAAAUAGGACAAUAUUGCGAUGUGAGUGUGCUUGCCACACAAGGCCUUCGAACCCUUGUGAUGUGUAAACGCGAAGUGAGUGAGGAGGAAUAUGACACAUGGGUGAAAGACUGGGAAAAGGCACAAAGUACGAUUGAAGGGCGAGAAGAGGUGAUGAAAGAAGUGAUCAAAAAGAUGGAAAGCGAGAUGGAGGUGAUUGGGUGUUCUGGUGUUGAAGACAAAUUACAAGAAGGAGUUAUAGAAACCCUCGACAUGUUAGUCCGGGGAGGAAUUAAAGUCUGGGUCAUCACUGGUGAUAAAGAAGAAACUGGAAUUGCAGUGGGGAAAGCGUGUAAAUUGUUGGAAGGAUGUGAGUUGGUUCAUGUGAAUGGCAAGACUGCGACUGAGUGUGAUGCGAUGUUAGAUGAAGCUUCAAAGAAGGUUGGUGUAGUGAAGACGGGGCUGGUUAUCACAGCAAAUGCGAUUGAUGUUUGUGUUGAGGAAUGCAAAGAGAAGUUCAAAAAAGUCGCGAUGGAAGCGGAUGUUGUGAUGUGUUGUCGGUCGAUGCCCCUUCAAAAGGCGAAAAUAGCGAAACAUGUGAGACAAAUAACAAAGAAGAAAUGUCUUGCGAUUGGGGAUGGAGCGAAUGAUAUUCCGAUGAUUAACAGUGCGUCUGUCGGAGUAGGGAUAUAUGGUAAGGAAGGGAGCCAAGCGGCCCGAUCUGCGGAUUACUCGAUCUAUCGAUUCAAGCACUUAGCGAAGUUAGUGAUGUACCAUGGAAGAAUGUCGUUGUAUCGGAACACGUCACUGAUCAAGUUGAUAUUUUUUAAGAAUGCAGCGUUCUUUUUGCACUUGUUAUGGUAUGCUAUGAUAUGUCAAUUUACAUCACAAAGACUGUACGACGAUUAUAUGAUGGCGUUGUAUAACUUCAUCUUCACAUCGAUUCCGCCCGUAUUCAUUUCAUUCUUUGAUAGUGAUUUGUCGUGGGAUGAGAUAUCAAAACACCCGGAAGUCAAUAAAGAAUUGAUUCGAGAAAAGAGAGGCAAUUUGUUGUCGUAUUUGGGGUGGUUCUGUUAUGGGACAUAUCAAAGCAUUAUGUACUUUGUGUUAAUGAUUCUUUUUAAUGCGAAUGACGUGUUGGUUAUGGACGGGAGAACCACGGGGAUGGUUGGUGCAAGUGCUUUUGUGACGACAUACACCACACUUGGAGUUGUUGCGACGUUUGCGACAACAGUGAAACGAUGGAAUGGGUUACUCAUAUUUGGGUUCAUUGUGUCAGUCACUUCCUUCUUUUUCACAUACGCAUUCUUGGCAUCAUUCACUGGAGCGACUCGAGAAAAUAUGAGUUACUUCUCAUUGUGGCAAGCGAUGCGAAUGCCAUCAUUUUAUUUGAACUGUGUCAUUGCCAUCAUCAUGGCAAUAACUCCAAAUGUCAUGAGGCUGUUCAUUCAGAGAUAUAUCAAACCAUCAAAUUACGAACUGGUCCAAAUCUACUCAAAGCUGAAGAAAGAAAAAGUGGAAAAAGUCCAAAACGAACAAGCGAGUGGGUAUUCAAUUAUGAAUAAUAGCUCUGAAAACUGA